AUGACCACCCCAACCAUAGCAACCCUCCCCCGCAUCAGCAAAGAAAACCUCGCCGAGCUCCUCCGCGCCAAAACGGCCGGCGUGACCGUCGUCGACGUGCGCGACAGCGACUACAUCGGCGGCCACAUCCGCGGGUGCCAGAACGUGCCGACCUCCACCCACGACCACCGCAUGCCGGAGCUCGUGCGCACGCUCAAGAACCAGGAUACCGUCGUCUUCCACUGCGCGCUGUCGCAGCAGCGCGGGCCGAAGAGCGCGCUGGCUUAUGUGCGCAAGCGCGCGGAGAUGGCGGAAAGGGGCGAGGUCGGGGUGAGGGGGGAUGGGGAGGAUGUGGAGAGGGCGCAGAGGGUGGUGGUGUUGGAGGGGGGGUUUGUGGGGUGGCAGGAAGUGUAUGGUGAGGAUAAGGAGCUUACGGAGGGGUAUGUUAAGGAUCUCUGGGAUGAGAAAUAG